GCGGGACCCAGCGGUCCGGUGGGCGUGGUUUUCGGGCGAGCAACAUGGCGCCUGCCAUGCUGAUGCUGAAGGUUCUGCCGUGGCCCGCAGCCCAGGGACUCCUCCGGAACUUUUGGGAGCAACUGCAGCGGAAACUUUGGCAGAGCCGGCCAGGCUUUCCCAGUCCUCAAUGGGGACCAGCAUUAGCGGUCCAAGGUCCAGCUAUGUUUACAGAAGCAGCAAAUGAUACCAAUGGAAGUAAGGAGAUUUCCAGCUUUUUGGAGAACAUCUUUUGGAUGGCAGCUCCCAAAAACAGACGCAGCAUUGAAGUUAACAGGUGUAGGAGAAGAAACCCUCGUAAGCUUAUUAAAGUUAAGAACAAUAUAGACGUUUGUCCCGAAUGUGGUCACCUGAAACAGAAACACGUCCUCUGUGGCUAUUGCUAUGAGAAGGUGUGUAAAGAGACAGCGGAAAUCAGACGACAGAUAGGGAAGCAAGAGGGAGGCCCUUUCAAGGCUCCUGCCGUGGAGACCGUGGUGCUGUACUUGGGGGAGACACCCUCCAAGCAAGACCAGGGCAAGAGGGUCAUCGAGCGAGAACGGAAGCGGCCAUCCUGGUUCACCCAGAAUUGACAGCAAACAUGUUUCGAGAGGAUAGCUUCACACCAGACGUUUCUCCUGAAAAAGAGAAAGAUUCUUUGUUUUUAUAUUGGUUGUGUGCUUGUUCAUCAUCAGCAUAGCCUAAAACGUUCUUCAUAAGCAGUUAGUUUUUUGCGGGUAAUUUGAAGAAUGCAUCAGGAGUAAAGUCUGAAAAUGUUU